ACUCUAAUAAUUGACAUUCUCUGACAAUCAGCUGACAAUCUAAUGUCGGUCGAUGUUUAGUUUAUUGGUCUCUGGUGGGAAGUUGAUUGCUGGCUUUCGUAAAUACGCGCAUUAUUUUUGUGUAGCAGUGAAAUGGAGUCCUGUCCAUUGGAUUUUGUGGCACAAGCGUGUAUGGAUUUAACCGAGGCAUUAACACCAGUAACAGUCGCAGCAGAACGUGAAGCUCUUAUAAUAAGUCACAUUGAAAAAGUUUGGCCUAUCGUCCAUGUGAUGGAAGAUUUCAAAAAGAAUAUGGAAUGGGUAAAUGUAGAUGAGCCUGUUAGCCUGACGCGCCACUGCAGUGAUAAAGUGGUGGUGUUAGACUUCUGGACUUACUGCUGCAUCAAUUGUUAUCAUGUGUUACCUGAUUUGGAAUAUUUAGAGAAAAAGUAUGGACAAGAAAGUGGGUUGGUUGUGAUUGGUGUCCAUUGUGCAAAAUUCUUUAAUGAAAAGAUCUCCAAAAAUGUAUGUGCUGCUGUCCAGAGAUAUAACAUUCACCACCCUGUUGUGAAUGAUGCUGAUAGUUAUGUGUGGGACCGUGCUGGUAUCAGGUGUUGGCCGACACUACUUGUUUUAGGUCCCAAUAACAAACCCCUAUUUAUAUUCACUGGCGAAGGUCACAGAGAAGAGCUGGUGGAGUAUGUUGGUGUAACAUUGCAACACUUCUCCGCUCGUUUGUCUACCGUGUCACUCCCCAUUUCUCCUUCAACACAUUUGUUGCCAAAAGAAGAGAGUUUGUUACAUUUUCCUGGCAAGGUCGCUCUGAAUCCAUUCUAUCGCGGCCGCACUGACGAACCAUUCCUUGCAGUGUCAGAUACAGGCCACAACCGUGUGCUACUCACUGACUGCUCCGGCGUGGUUUUGCGCAUAAUCGGUGGAAUAAAGCCGGGCUUUAAAGAUGGCAAGAUAAACGAGGCGAAGUUCAAUUCCCCGCAAGGAAUAUGUUGGUUGUCUGGCAACGUGUUGGCGGUGUGCGACACCAACAACCACGCGGUGCGCGCCGUGCACUUGGAUGAGGGAACCGUGUACGUGUUGGCCGGCACUGGAGAACAGUCGCAACACGGAGAUCAGGGUGGUAAAUGCCUCGGCCUUCAAGCUCUGUCGUCGCCGUGGGACGUGCUGCUGUACACGACACCCGACUUGGACAUGUCGGUGCGGCCGACGUACCAACUGCCCACGCCUCCCGGACAAGCCGCUGAUAAGGAUAAAGACAAGGAGAAAGAGGAUGGGAAAGAAAAAGAGAAGAGAGACGAGAAACGUCGCGUGCUGUUGAUAGCGUGCGCUGGUUCGCACCAGAUAUGGGCUUUGUUCCUCGACAGCACUAUUUGGUGGAAAUACAAAUCUUAUUCAGAAGGAACAUGUAUUUGUAUCGCCGGUACGGGCGCAGAAGCUGCUAGGAACAGCUGUUAUCCGAACACAGCUGCGUUUGCGCAGCCGUCGGGGCUGGCACUCAAAACCGGCACAAAUCCAGAACUGUUUAUAGCUGAUUCCGAAAGUUCCUCCAUCAGGCGUAUGUCUCUAGCCACUGGACAAGUCACUACACUCUGUGGCGGCGAUCGGAAUCCUUUGAAUUUAUUCGCGUUCGGUGACGUCGACGACAUCGGUCAAGAAGCGAAAUUCCAACACCCCCUAAGCGUCGCUUAUAACGAACAAAGUAAAACGCUUUACGUGGCCGACACGUACAACCACAAGAUACGGAAAGUUGAAGUCGGGUUACAGAAGGUGACGUCACUUCACCCCACCAUGAUAGAGACCGCGGACCCGGUCCGGUUCAACGAGCCGUCGGGCCUCUCUGUCAGCGCCGAUGGCAAGUACCUCUACAUAGCAGACACGAACAACCACAGCGUGAAGCUACUAAACCUCUCAAGGAGUGUAUGUCAAGAGUUCAAAGUACGCCUGCCCGACCCAAAGUUCUCGGAGCCUGACAACUUGAUAUUGUACAAGAACGACCUGUUCGUUAAUAGAAAGUGCGGCAGUCUCAUUAUAUACUUCAAUGUGAGUUUGGACGUGGACAUACGGAACGUGAAGUUCACCCCGGGCGCGCCGCAGAACUGGCACGUGUGCGUCCGGGACGCGAACAAUAAGGAUGUGACGCGCGAAGAUUUCGAGUUCGCCGGUUGCUCUAGCAAGGGCACAAAGUUACCCGGCCGAGUGGAAAUGAAACUCAAGAGUAAAACUGAAACAACUCACUACCGAUUAUACCUAAGUUUCCAUACAGCAUUGUGUGAAGGUAGUUCGGUAUGCUUUUCACACAACUUCACGAUACGGUCUAAUAUACUUGUCAGGGAUUCGGUGAAAAUGAUCGAGUCGUACAAAAUCACGUGUAAAGUGAACCCGAUAAAUCGCGACAAGGACAAGUCUUCGUCAAAUACUAAUAAUAACAAUAGCAACACCAAUACUAACAAUAACAAUAAUCAGAAUUGAUUGUCAUACUUGAUUGAUUAUGUAUGAACCGUAAGAUGAAAAAAAAAAAAGUCUUUUAAUGAAAUACGUAAGGGCUUCCUUGACUGACAAUUUGUGGAUCUCAGAGACUAUAUAGUUUGCUAUCGGUCUCAUAUUCUAAAUCGGUGCUUAAGCCAGGAAGUUAAAAAAAAUGUGCAGCACUUAUUACAUUAAUUUAUGUUGGUAUUAUAUUUUGAAGUAAAUUAUAUUAUCUAUGAACAUCGCGUAAGACAUUUUAAAAAUGAUUACCAGUUUGGGUUUUUGAGAACAGAAUUUUCUAGAUCUCUUUGAUGGAUGUCGAACAAUAUGAUAAAGAUAUUCUAGCUAUAAUCUCCUUUUAAUUUAAAGACAUCAUGGAUCUAGUUUUAAAUAAUUCUGCUACAAGCAUUAUUAUAGAUGCCACGCUUUAUACUCCAUAACAAUUGAUUAAUUUACCUAACAUUUAAUUUAUACUCAAUAGAAUUCAAUACACUCAAAAGAAUGCAUUGAGUAGCGCACCUAAAUUAGAGGGUAUAUUUAAUUAGAUUCAAUGUUAAUUGGUUAUUAUUUUAAUGAUUAUAGGAAGCUUUAUUACACAGUAAGUGGUUGUUUUAACUAAGCUAACAUACAAAACUUUACAAAUAAUUUUAAGCCCAAUUUUGUUUUUAGUACAACUCUUGCAUUUGCAAUAUGACGUAAUGUUACUUAUAUUCGUUGAUUUAUUAAAAUAUUAUGAAUUA